CAACAUGCUAUAACCUGGCUCCAAACUUUUUCCAGUGACAAUCAAUCAUCUUUGCUUAAAAAUGUGACCAAUGUUAUGUGGGACAACCUUAAAAUAGACAUAACUCCAUAUCCUUAAACAGGUGUGUAAUCUAUGUUGCCAUUGUUGCAAAUCGUAUAAAUGUCACUUCUAAACAUUUUCCUGAUGUGGGACAGCAGUCCACACAUUGGUUGAAGUUUUAACAACGUAAAAAGCUGUUUUCGUAGAGUGAAAGAGUUCACCACACAGAGCCAAGCACUGUAGUAGCAACGACCAAAUGCAAUUUGGGACCAGCAGUGCGAGUAGCUCUUUUGUGAGUGUCGAGGGUUUUAACGAAACACUACAACUCCCGGAAGGCACUGCGGGACGUUUUGCGUGGGCGAAAAAAAACGUCAGACGCACCGCGCGGACGGCAGCUCUCUUGAGCGGUCCCAUGGCGGAGGUGCGAGUGUUCCCACUGUCGUGUAUCGUGCAGCACUAUGAGUGGGGGAAGAUUGGUUUGGACAGUGAAGUGGCAAAACUUGUUUCAAGUGGUGAUCCUUUAGCAGUCAUUGAACAAGACAAGCCAUAUGCUGAGCUAUGGAUGGGAACGCAUCCUAAAGGAGAUGCAGCCAUCUCUGACAACAGAAUUACUCAGAAGACUCUAGGACAAUGGAUUGCAGCUCAUCCAGACUCCUUGGGUUCGAAGGUGAAAGACACUUUCCAGGGACAGCUACCUUUCUUGUUCAAAGUGUUAUCUGUCAAUAUCUCAUUGUCAAUUCAAGCUCAUCCAAACAAAGAGCUGGCUGCAAAACUUCAUGCUCAGUUUCCGGAUCGUUACCCAGAUAAAAACCAUAAGCCAGAAAUGGCCAUAGCACUGACUCCCUUUGAAGGGCUGUGUGGCUUCAGACCAGUGGAAGAAAUUGUUGCAUUUUUAAAAACUGUUCCUGAAUUCCAUACAGUGAUUGGCAAUGAGGCUACAGAAGCGCUCGAGAACAGCAUUGGUGACUCAGGCAAGGUGUUUGAUGCUUUGAAGAAGUGCUUCAUCAAAUUGAUGAACUGUGAAAAGAAGACGUUCGUUGAUCAGCUGAACAUGUUGGUGAAGAGAGUCUCAGAGGAAGGUGGUGCGGGCAAAGACACUAAAAGUAAUGGUGAACUGUUGCUGCGAUUACACUCCCAGUUUCCAGGCGAUGUUGGGUGUUUUGUCAUCUACUUCUUGAACCUGAUGAAACUACAGCCUGGGCAGGCCAUGUUCCUAAGUGCUAAUGAACCUCAUGCAUACCUUUCUGGAGAUUGCAUUGAAUGCAUGGCUUGUUCUGAUAACACCGUGCGAGCUGGCCUCACUCCAAAAUUCAUUGAUGUUCAGACCCUCGUUGAAAUGCUAAAUUACACGCCUUCCUCUGCAUGCUCGAAGAUCUUUCCAAUGGUGCAGGAUCCUUAUGAUGCUUGUGUCACUGUGUAUGAUCCUCCAGUGCCUGACUUCACAGUUCUGAAAAUCGAGAUUCCAUGUUCAAUGAAGCAGUACAGAGUGUCCUGCAUUGAUUCAGCAAGUAUCCUACUGGUCAUUAAUGGAGAAGCUACAUCUGUUGGUAGCUCAUCGCAAAUCUGCUUGAGGCGUGGAUCCAUUCUCUUUAUUGCAGCCAAUGAAGCAUUUUGCUUAGAUAUUAGCUCUGACAAUGGGAUGCUGCUGUUCCGGGCAUGCUGUUUGUUGUAAUUUCCUUAAAACCUCAUUCUGUGUAGUAUUAAAUGCAAUAUGCCAUAGUAAUGUAGCCAGUGAAUAGAAUAACAGGACAAUACACUUGAAAGGUGUAAAUACUUGAAUACACUGACACCAUUUUUCAAGUGUAUUUUUCUUAUACUUUAUAUAAUUGAAUAUUUGUUCAUAUUUUCAAUUCUCAACUCUAGUUUGCUCAACUUUUGAUGAUUGCAGGGAUAUUGCAAUGUUCAGAAAUAUAUUGCAGUCUGUUGGUUUCCCUUUUAAAUUAACCCCUUUCACUUAUGCAUUUUCAAGUUUGGUUUGACAUGCAGUCACAAUUUAACAAGGAAUAUCAGAUCAAAUGUUAAAUCUUUAAAAAGAUUUUUUAAAAGGCGUGUAAUUACUACAAAAAAUUAGUAAACAAAACUCAUGUUUAAAUUAAUUCUCACUUUUCCAUCAUAUCAGCAAUUGUUUUGAAAUCAAUCCACGUUUGGUACAAAGUUGGGAGUGGAAGACCUUUUCAAAAACAGUUGGACUGGAAUCUGGCUUUCACAAAAUGUUAUAGCAUUUCUGCAAUAUAAAUGGACCCUCAAAUUAAACACAUUUCCUUCUCCCUUCACACAAACUACCUUUUCAAAAUGAGCAUCUGAAGGACGGCAGUUCCAACAAUGCAACCCUAUUCCAGUACUUGCAGAGGUGUGCCUAGAUUCUAAAUGCUUGGCUUAUUUCUGUACUAAUAGUGUUUUAAGAUGCACUGAAUUUUUUUGAAUACAACUGUUACCUCAGAGCUUAAACAUUAUUGUAUUUGUUACCGUACAAACAUUGUGGACCUAUUCUUUAUCUUAAAUGAAAUUAAAAUUUCUAAGAGUAUAAUUCACCUGCAAAACACAUAGUCACUGCACUUUAUAGUAUAUUCUAUGAAGGGCUUUGAGGCAUUCUCCAUAUGUGAAAGUCAUUUUAGCAAAUGUAAGAAUUAUUGUAAUUAAGAGAAGACUUAGAAACAUUGUUCAGAUUUGUGGUCAAAAAAAUUAAUCCUAGUUUGACUACUGUGCAUGUGUUUUAAGCUAUCUGAAAAAAUCUAUAUAUUUAUCAGGAGGGGAAGAGUUAAGUGGGGUCUCCCUCAGGUUGACUGGUUCUGAGAAAACAGCAGAAGUAUCGCAGCCACUUUUAAAAUAAAAAUUAUUUGCCAAAUUUCUCUCCAGUGGACAUGUCUCUGCUCUUGUCCCCAGCUUCCUCAAGGUGUCGAGCAGUUCAACAGACACUGUUCUAGAGGCACUCCAUCCCAGAUGACCACUGUGGACGUGUGUGCCUCAGCAGCGAACGUCGGCAGUGAAUGUUGGCAGUCCAAUCUUACCUCUUCACCAUCUGUCUGGCUUAUCAUGGAGACUUAGCUGCUAUUACAUGAUAUUGUGCUUAGAAUUUUCACAGGAAGUGAAAAACUGCACUGUUUGCAUCAGGUGUCUUCCAUCAAAGUUUUGUGAAAUGUUUGAAAUCUACAGUAGAUCCUUUGCUUUCAGAUGUUGGUAAUAUGUAACAAUAAUAAAUAAUAAUCCAUG